UCUUUGGGUGACGUGUCGGGGGCGGGGCUUGUGGUCGCGCUGUGUGAUGGCUGCAGUGGUGGUGGAGGUGCUGCGAGCGAGAGGCCGCUAGGAGCUCGGGAGGCGGAGGAACAACAGGCGGCCCAGUAAGGUGAGGCCUGACCUGUACCCUGACAUGGCCGCAGCCUCACCCCGGCCGGCUACCAGAAACAAUCAUGAAGGUUUGCCGCUGCAUGUGACAGUGUCCUGUGCCAAACUGAAGAGAAAGAAAAACUGGUUUGGCACUAGUGUGUAUACAGAACUGGCUGUCGAUGGCCAGACAAGGAAGACGGCAAAAUCAAGCAGCUCAAGCAAUCCAAAAUGGGAAGAGCAGAUAACUGUGAACGUGACACCACACACCACACUUGAAUUUAAGGUAUGGAGCCAUCAUACAUUGAAAGCAGAUGCACUGCUUGGAAAAACCAUUGUAGACUUAAAGCAAGCCUUGGAGGCCCACAACAGGAAAUUGGAAAAAGUAAAGAAACAGUUAAAGCUGUCACUGGAUGGUAAGCACGGGACUGUCCAGACCGGGGAACUGACUGUCAUUUUAGACGGUUUGAUUGUAGAACCGGAAGCCCUCAAUCCAUGCAGUUCAGCAGCCCCAGCAUCCGAAAUCCAGCAAAAUGGUGAUGCCAUCCGAGAAAAUGGAGGGGAAACGGCAGGUGCUAGAAGAGGAUCUGGUGACGUUCCCAACGGGACAGCUCUUGAAACCCCAUCCGGUUAUACAGAGGAGAAUGCCUUUAAUGCACACUUAGCCAAUGGAGACGGCACCCGCUCCCCUCCUCAUAUUGCAGCCAGACCCAAAAAUACACCAGCACCAAGUACACUCGCUGCACAGGCUGGCAACAGAACUGUUAAUGGCACAGCAGCUGCGUCGGAAGCCAAUAGCACAUCUUCCCGUGAAGUGAUAGCAGUCCCUGCUGGACCCUUCGUAUCGGAUACCGCAGACGGUACCAGCGACACCGCGGGCUCACAGACUAAUAAUUCAGAAAGCAGCGCAGCCGCAGCCAACGAUACCGCGCAUGCUGCGUCUGAACCGGCACGGGCUGCGGACCCUGCUUCGUCGUCGGCUGCUGGCAGCGCGAGUCCCGAAGCAGCGAAGCCGAGCCGAUCCGCUGCGGAUCCCGUGAGACAGCAGCCUGGCGGCACCGCGGAGCCCCUGCCACCUGGAUGGGAACAAAGAAAAGACCCUCAUGGUAGAACCUAUUACGUUGAUCACAACACAAGGACUACAACAUGGGAACGUCCACAGCCUUUACCUCCAGGAUGGGAAAGAAGAGUAGAUGACCGGGGACGGGUCUAUUAUGUUGACCAUAACACAAGAACCACAACAUGGCAGCGCCCAACCAUGGAGUCGGUCCGAAACUUUGAACAGUGGCAAUCUCAACGCAACCAAUUGCAAGGCGCUAUGCAGCAGUUCAACCAGCGAUACCUCUAUUCGGCUUCAAUGUUAUCAGCAGAAAGCGACCCACUGGGACCUUUACCACCUGGCUGGGAAAGGCGAGUAGAUUCUACCGACAGAGUGUAUUUUGUUAAUCACAACACAAAGACAACGCAGUGGGAAGACCCCCGAACUCAAGGUUUACAAAAUGAGGAUCCUUUACCAGAGGGCUGGGAAAUACGGUACACAAGAGAAGGAGUCAAGUACUUUGUGGAUCACAACACGAAGACAACCACUUUCAACGACCCACGGACGGGAAAAUCCUCCGUAACAAAAGGGCCGCAGAUUGCAUACGAACGCAGUUUUCGCUGGAAGCUCGCUCAUUUCCGUUAUUUGUGUCAGUCCAACGCAUUACCAAGCCAUGUCAAGAUCACCGUGUCCCGGCAGACGCUCUUUGAAGACUCCUUUCAGCAGAUCAUGGCACUAAAACCCUAUGAUUUAAGAAGACGGUUGUAUGUCAUGUUCAGAGGGGAAGAAGGUCUAGACUAUGGAGGUCUCGCUAGAGAGUGGUUUUUCCUGCUGUCUCACGAAGUGCUGAACCCCAUGUACUGCCUGUUUGAAUACGCAGGGAAGAGCAAUUACUGCCUGCAGAUUAACCCAGCAUCGACUAUCAACCCGGAUCACCUCUCCUAUUUCUGCUUUAUAGGACGUUUUAUUGCAAUGGCAUUGUUCCAUGGCAAGUUCAUUGAUACGGGAUUCUCUCUUCCAUUCUACAAGAGAAUGUUGAGCAAGAAACUUACGAUUAAAGAUCUGGAAUCAAUCGACCCGGAAUUCUAUAACUCGCUAAUAUGGAUCAGGGACAAUAACAUAGAAGAAUGUAACUUGGAGAUGUACUUUUCAGUGGACAUGGAGAUAUUGGGAAAAGUGACAUCCCAUGACCUUAAACCUGAAGGCUCCAACAUACUUGUUACAGAAGAAAAUAAGGAAGAAUAUAUUGGCCUUAUGGCAGAGUGGAGAUUUACACGUGGAGUCGAAGAACAAACCAAAGCAUUUCUAGAUGGCUUUAAUGCUGUUGUCCCACUGCAAUGGCUGCAGUACUUUGAUGAGAAAGAGUUAGAGGUGAUGCUGUGCGGCAUGCAGGAGGUGGAUUUGUCGGACUGGCAGCGGAACACAGUAUAUCGCCAUUAUACAAGGAACAGCAAGCAAAUCAUCUGGUUCUGGCAGUUUGUGAAGGAAAUGGACAAUGAGGUACGACUGCGGUUGCUCCAGUUUGUGACUGGUACCUGCAGGUUACCUCUGGGGGGCUUUGCGGAGCUGAUGGGGAGCAAUGGACCUCAGAAAUUCUGUAUCGAGAAAGUUGGCAAAGAGACGUGGCUGCCGCGAAGUCAUACUUGUUUUAACCGCCUGGAUUUACCACCGUAUAAAAGCUAUGAACAAUUGAAAGAGAAGCUGCUUUUUGCGAUUGAAGAGACAGAAGGGUUUGGCCAGGAGUAAUCAGCAGCUGUGGAUGAGAAACACAAUCAUGGACAUCUGUUUUCUGCCCAGCCAAGUACAAUUGCACAGUCUAAUUGUAUAUAGACCGUUUAGUCUGUACAGUUUUCUUUCUCAAAUCAAUGCGUAGAUAUUUCUGUUCUUCCACAUAGAUAUGCAAAACACUUUAGCCUUUUGUAUUUUUAUUUAUUUCCCCUUCAAAUGAUGGAAUAGAAAAAAAAAAUAACUUUAAUUUUAAAUGCUGACUGAAGACUUUAUUUUAAGAUUUAUAUAUCUAUGUGUAUGUAUGGAGAACUCUAGUUUUAUAGAGUUUUAAGUAUAUAAAAUAUCCCAGCCGGUGCAGGAGGCUUGGGUCUGCUUUAUUCCGUAAGAUACGAUCUGUAACCAGUGGUUCACAUAUGCAACACCCAUGCCACCGAUGUUUAUUGCAUGGCUGCCAACAAAUGGUGUUGAAGGCUAAUGCCAAAAACAAUAACCUUGAUUAAAAUAUACAAGAAAAACAUGCUGCUGGCUUUUUUUAAAAUAGC